AUGCACAACGAAACCUUCCUCUUCUACGGGUCCAACCAUCACGCAGGCCCACGCAUACUUGUCGGUUUACUUCAGCAACAAAUCUGGCUCGUCAAUGCACGUCAGUUAUGCAACACGAUCGUCAGGCACGUCAGAUUCAUAGGACGACGAGGGCCUGUUGCUCGGCUAUACAGCGACAAUGCAACGAAUUUUGUCGGAGCAGCUCGCGAACUUCAAGAUCUUGUCAAGGCUUUCACUGCUCACAGCUGCGCAAUGGUAGAACAUGCUGCAACGCACGGGACAGAGUUCGUCUUCAUUCCCCCUCGAGCCCCCCACUUCGGUGGCUUGUGGGAAGCAGCAGUGAAGGUCGCCAAGCAUCUUCUCAUUCGGGCCAUCGGCAGCGCUUUGUUGAGCAAGGACGAGCUCGACACAAUCGUCGUGGAAGUGGAAGCUAUACUGAACACCAGGCCAAUAGUAGCCGUCACCACCAAUCCGAACGACAUUCAAGCCAUAACCCCAGCACAUCUACUAGCUGGUCGAACGCUAGGUGCGCUGCCACCCGUGUCCGUGCAACGAGUCAACGACGACAAGCUCUCUUACUUGAGCAGAUGGCGGCUCGUGUCCGCCAUCAAGGAGCGCUUUUGGACCAGCUGGUUGAGAGAGUACCUUCUCAGCCUUCAACAGAAGCAGAAGUGGACCAAAGAUCAGCACAACCUCGUGGAAGGCACUAUCGUAUUAAUUCAAGAGGACAACAUUCCGUCGCAAGCGUGGCUGCUAGGCGUCGUCACUAAAGUAUUUCCAGGAUCGGAUGGAAAGGUUCGAGUGGCAGAGGUCAAAACGAAAAACAAUCAUGUCAAACGAGCCAUUCAUCGACUAGCUCCGCUCCCUAUUAACUGA